UACACCACGAGCCAUCCGGAAGGAGCUCCGUGCGGCAGCGGUCGCUGAGCUCGCUGUGGUUCUCACGCGAGCUCGGCGACUGUGAUGCCGCACGCCACCAGUGGGGCCUGUGGUCGCUGCGACGCGGUGGCCAUGCGGCUUGAGGGUGUCUACAGCGUCGUGGGGGGAUGCGGUUGUGUUUGGGGCGGACUUGAUGCACCUCUGUCCCUCGGGACCUAGGUCUGGACUGCGUCGAGCAGAUCUGGAGGCACGAAUAGCACCACCGUGCGGACGCCAGUACAAAUCGGCGUACCGAGACACGAGUGCAGUGACUAUGAGCCGGGACUGCUCAUUUUAUAUAUCGGAGAGCAGAGUCCUGGCGGGCCAGAUCUUGGUCGGGCUUAGGGUCGAUGCGCCUAUGGCGCCUCUCGACCGCAGCCGCAAGACGGACCAACGAAUGAAGCUCUCUAGAUACAAAGAAGGAGGCUUAUUGUUGCGUCGCGGUGAGAACGCUACUGAGCGCCCGCAUUGCCGGGGCUCGCGACCUAAAAGUCGCGGCUCCAUUCAGUGCAUGCGUAGAGCCAUGGCACAGCGUUCUCGGCGAGCUCGGCGGGACGCCGCCGGGCCGCCAAGAGGCCCCCUUCGCCCAGGGGGCUCCGUGUCGGCGGAUAGCCGUCUCGGACCUAUUGCAGAUCCCGUUGCCGCUCGAACCGGCCUCGGCGCUGCGGACAUCUAGAGACCGGAGCUGACCCCCUUUCCCCUAGCUCACAGCCUCUCAGCCACCAUCUCGCCGCUCGCACCAUCGCGGUUC